UCAAUUCUUAAGAUGGUGUCGAUGCAAACGCCAUUGUGUAUUGCUAAGAUUGAUUAUACAUUACAAAAAAUAGGUUUUCCACCAUAUGUCCUAAAAACAUCCGGAUUAAUAAAAAAUACUGAGUUCAACAUAAAGACUUUCCAAUACGAAGUUACAAUUUCAAUCGAUGGAGGCACAGUCACAGAACUUCGAACGUCAAAAAAAAUGUACCCUAAUGGCUUUGAUAUUUCAAUUCAACCCGAAAAUGUAAAGGUUGAAUCACUUCUAAAUAGCAAUGAAAAUGUUCGUAUUAUUGUCCCAAAUGGCACAGAAACAUUAUAUAUCAAGGUCACGAAAAAUACCGAGGGAGCUCAGAAUACAUUUAAAGGAGAAAAAAUUGCACUUACCAAGGAAAUUGUCCCUAUUUUGAUAUUACCCUUGAAAGAGUCCAGCAGCCACGAGAAAGAAAAUAUAAAUCACGGCAAAGCGGCGCAAACAAGUCAUAGAUAUUUUGCUUUAAACAAUGGUUUAAAUAAUCAAAUAAACGAUCAAAAUAAACAUGAAGAGGUAUUUUUAGAUCAAAAUAAAUCACAACAAAAUAAACAUGAAGAGGUAUUUUUAGAUCAAGAUAAAUCUGAACAUGAAGAGAUAUUUUUAGAUCAAAAUAAAUCACAACAAAAUGAACAUGAAGGGGUAUUUUUAGAUCAAAAUAAAUUACAACUAAAUGAAGAGGUAUUCUUAGAUCAAAAUAAAUUACAACAAAAUAAUGAAGAGAUAUUUUUAGAUCAAAAUAAAUUACAACAAAAUAAUGAAGAGGUUACUAUUCCUGUUUCUGUACAAACUGAUCGCAGUUUUUAUAUUCCACCACUACGAAAUUAUCCACCUGCAACUGAGUUAACAAAAAAUAGUACUAAAGGAUUUAAUAUCCGAGAAAUUAUAGUAAUAGUUUCUUUGGUAAUAUGUGCUUAUUAUUCUGGAAAAUUAAGCUCAUUUAAAAUCUGA